CUUUGAGGAUAAGACCAGUCUUCUUCUUCUUCUUCACUCCCAACUUCUGCUCUCUAUAGAGAGAAAACCAAACCCAAAAAUAUGGCACUUCUUCCAAUCCAAAAUGCUCUCCUUCCCAAUCUCAAACCCUCUCCCUUCCUCACACCCAAAAACCCAUUCCCCCUCCUCACCAAAACCCACAAGAAGCCCCACUCCACAGUCACCAUGAUGAGCAUGGAGGCCGGCAUCGGCGUCAUGGCCACCAAGCUCGGCAUGAUGAGCUUCUUCGAACCCAACGGCAAGGUCGUCCCCGUCACCGUCGUCGGCUUCAAAGAAGGCAACAUUGUCACCCAAAUCAAAACCCAAGCCACCGACGGCUACGACGCCGUCCAAGUCGGCUACCGCCGCAUCCGCGACCGGAAACUCACCAAGCCCGAAAUGGGCCAUCUCAACAAGGCCGGCGCAAUCCCUCUCCGCCACCUCCAGGAGUUUCGUCUUCAGGACAUUGAAGGGUUUGAGCCCAACCAGAAGCUUGAUUUCAGCGAGCUCUUCAAGGAGGGUGACCUCGUCGACGUCGCCGGAACCACGAUCGGAAAAGGGUUUCAGGGUGGGAUUAAGAGGCACCAUUUCAAGAGGGGGCUGAUGACUCAUGGGUCCAAGAGUCACAGACAGCUUGGGUCGAUUGGGGCCGGAACCACGCCGGGGAGGGUUUACAAGGGGAAGAAGAUGCCUGGGAGAAUGGGAGGGACUAAGACCAAGAUCAGGAAGCUCAAGAUUGUCAAGAUUGAUAAGGACCUCAAUGUGGUUAUGAUUAAUGGUGCUCUUCCUGGUAAGCCUGGGAACCUUCUCCGCAUUACUCCGGCUAAGAUUGUAGGGAAGAAUAUCCCUAAGAGUUAAGCUCCAAUUUCGGAUUUUCGGGUUUUUCUUAGCUUUAUUUUGUGAAUUUUUGUAUUGUCAUUGACUCAUAUCAGCGAUUUGGCUGCAUUCCUUAUAGCAUGUAAUCUGGCUGUGGCCUUGUUUGUUAUGAUAUUCGAAGCACUUUUUGAUUG